AUGGUGAGUUUAAAUACAGGUCGAAGCAUGUGGAACCUGUACUGGACUGCUGUUCCAAAAAAAGCAGGACUUACAAGAUGCGGGAAGAGUUGCAGGCUUAGGUGGACUAAUUACCUGAGGCCUAAUCUCAAGCAUGAGUCCUUCACACCCCAUGAGGAGGAAUUGAUUGUCAGGCUUCAUGCAACCGUAGGUAGCAGGUGGUCUAUAAUAGCACAGCAACUUCCUGGGAGGACAAACAAUAAUGUAAAGAACUACUGGAACACUAAGCUGAAAAAGAAAGCUCUCAGAAAUGGAAAUUGA